CUCUGCUGGACUGAAACUGGAUAUUUAUCCUGCGAAGGUGAGACAAUGGAAGUUGAAAAAACGCCGGUUUUAACUUUAUAAACUCAGAACUUCUGGAUAUAAAGUCGGGAUUUGAUUUGUUUCAAGUCGGAGGUUGAAAACAACUCGAAGAUUUUGCGAGUUUUAACCGGAGCUGCGUGUAUUUUUUGUCUGUUUCGGGUUACUUUUACAGUAAAGGAUUUUUCUGUCCUUUGCUCUUUUAUUUAUUUAUUUUUUAAUUUUUUUUUUUUUUUUUUAAAGUUUCUUGGACUCCAGGAUGCCCCAGACGACGCCGUUCGCAGCGAAGUUUCCUCAGAACCCGUACGGAGGAGGUCAUACUCGCUGCAAACCUGUGGAAGAGAGCUACGGCGGGCUGAGAUAUCACGACAACAACCUCGUAUCCGGAUCACUCGAGGCUCUCAUACAGCACCUCGUCCCCACUGUGGAUUAUUCACCCGAUAGGUCGUACAUCUUCACCUUCCUGCUGAAUUCCCGUCUCUUCCUGCACCCGUUCGAGCUCAUGUCCAGAGUGUGUUACUUGUGUGUGGAGCACCACCGAGUCGGCGACCCUCAGGUCGAUAAGAAACGAAUCCGUGACAUCGCGCCGAAGAUCGUGCAGCUUCUCACCGAGUGGACGGAGACGUUUCCGUACGACUUCCGGGACGAGCGCAUGAUGCGCAGCCUGAAAGAGAUGACGCACCGGCUGGCGUUCGGGGAUGAGUUGUCUCGGAGAGCGAUGCAGCGUCUGAUCCAGCGACUCCUGCGCAAACUCACCAUCCUGGGACAGUACGAGGAGUCUCUGGUGACGUCCAGCACGGCGGUCACGCCGUCAUCGGCGACGGCGGCGGAGAAACCGUCCGCUCUGAAGGCGAAGCAGCACGUGCGGAGGGAGGAGUGUAUUCUGAACGUGUGCGACGACCCGUUCAUCCUCGCUCAGCAGCUCACGCAUAUCGAGAUGGAGAGACUGGGAUACAUCGGCCCUGAGGAGUUCGUCCAGGCGUUCGUUCAGAAAAGACCUGCUGAUAACCAUAAGAGUUUUUUCAGCAAAAGGAGAGUCAGUAAUCUUGAAGCCUACGUUGAGUGGUUUAACCGGCUGAGUUACCUGGUGGCCACUGAAAUCUGCUUGCCAGUGAAGAAGAAGCACCGAGCUCGAGUGUUGGAGUUUUUCAUCGACGUGGCUCGGGAAUGCUUCAACAUCGGCAACUUUAACUCCUUAAUGGCUAUAAUCACCGGGAUGAACGUGAGUCCCGUGUCCAGGCUGAAGAAAACCUGGGGCAAAGUCAACAUGGACAAGUUCGAGAUCCUGGAGCAUCAAAUGGAUCCGUCCAACAACUUCUACAGCUACCGUACUGCACUGCGAGGAGCCACUCAGAGAUCAGCUACGGCUCACACCGCCAGAGAAAAGAUCGUUAUUCCAUUCUUCAGCUUGUUCAUUAAGGACCUCUACUUCCUUAACGAGGGCUGCGCCAGUCGACUGCCCAAUGGGCACAUCAACUUCGAGAAAUUCUGGGAGCUGGCCAAGCAAGUGAGUGAGUUUCUGGCAUGGAGGCAGGUGAUCUGUCCGUUUGAGAGAGACAGGAAAACUCUGCAGUACCUCAUCAGCGUGUCCGUCUUCACAGAAGACGAGCUCCAGUUGGCCUCUUACGAGAGUGAAGGACCAGAGAACAACCGGGAGAGAGAUACACGCCGCUCCCUCAGAUCGUCUCUCAGCAGGAUGUAGAUGCCGAUUUCUGGGAGCGUCGGAAGAGUCGGUCCUGACCGAAAUGAAAUAAAGUGAAACACUGCUCAGAGCGUUUUUGUUUAUAUGAAGCAAAAAAAAUUUCAUAUAAUUAUUUUCCCCCUCUGUUGAAUAAUGAGACCGGAUUCUCAUCACAGCGUCAUCUCCGUAUUAGAGAAGCAUAUUCAUCUCAUCUCAUGUACCUCAUGUUAAGCAGUUUGUGUAAGCUUAGUGAAGUGUUACAAGCGUUAUAAUCUUCUGGAUAAACGAAGAGCCCGUCGCUGGCUGACCUCUUCUGUUACACCGUGUAAGCUGUAAAAUCUAUUCCUAUGUUUUGUGUGUAUGUUUUGUAUGCCAUUUUAAAUGUUUUCGGGGUUUUUUUUGUAUGGAUUUGGUGGCCUCGUGUAUAUAAACUGAACAUUGCUUUAUAAAGAAAAUCUAAACAUAUAA